AGCAACUGGUCGUCUAAUCUUCGGUGUUAUCGGUUGCAAAUAUUUCGGCUUAACGUGCUUAAAAAUAUUUUUGGGGGUUUAUAUAUAGCACAAUCACGCAAGCGACGGCUACCACAGCCCAAUUUGCCCGCCUAACAAUGACAGCGCCAACGCCCACACGUGCCAGCCUGGAGAAGGCUCUGAAGAGCGAUGCGAAACUUCAAAAGACGGCCAAAGACAUAGCCAAGGACUUGUCAGCGGGAGCUUAUGAUAUAGCACUACUGGCCGAGGAAUUGGGAUUUGCCUUAACAUCACCCGAUAUGGUGGAACGUGUGGGUGGAACAAAUCUCUUAUCUUCCGUCUUAGUCGCUCUGCCUGAGGACCUGCUUGGCGCCGAGCAAUUGGAGUUUUUGACAAGAUUCUAUACGGAUCGCCUAAGGGAUCAUCACAAUGUAAUGCCGGCCAUAAUUGAUGGCAUUCAGGCCAUGGUCCAUAUGAAGCAAUUGCCUCGAAAGUGUGUUGUUGAUAUACUACAGGCGUUCUUCCAAUAUACAACCUGCCAGUCCCAGACCCGUGGGGAUCGCACAAAACUCUUCAAUACAUUCAAGUACCUGACGGAGAAUUUUAAGCCAGAGCUACAGGCAAUGGCUGGUGAUUUUGUCUAUGGCCUGAUCAAUUCCAUUGAUGGUGAACGCGAUCCUCGUAAUCUGGACAUUAUAUUUAGCUUUAUGCCAGAUUUUAUAUCAACAUAUCCAUUGUUGCAUUUAGCUGAAGAAAUGUUUGAAAUCUUUGCCUGCUAUUUUCCAAUUGAUUUCAAUCCCAGCAAGCAGGAUCCCGAGGCCAUUACGCGCGAUGAUCUGGCAGCCAAAUUAACUAAAUGUUUGGUGGCCAACAAUGAGUUUGCUGAAUGGGCUGUGGCUCUGGCCUUGGAGAAGUUAGAAAGUGAUUUAUUGGUUGCCAAACUGGAUUCCCUAGAACUGCUGCACCAAGCUGCCAUUAAAUUUCCUCCAUCCGUGCUGGAGCCCCAUUUUGAGCAAAUCUGGCAGGCUCUUAAAGCAGAAACAUUUCCUGGUGGCGAUAAGGAGGAAUUAGUGAAAGCCAGUCUCCAGGCCCUAAAAGCCUUGCUUCAACGUGCUUCUAAUGUUCCAGACAUUAGUCAUAGCUAUCAAAGCACAAUUUUGGGAGUAAUUCUAACCCAUUUAAGUGAUGUAAAUCAAAGACUCUUUCAUCCGGCUACCUCUCUGGCCUUGGUUUGUGUGGCCAGUGAUGCGCCGUUUGCAGCAACAAAGAUCCUAAAUACAUUCCUUAUUAAGUUGGAAUCAAUGGAUUUGCAAACCUCACCGCCAGAGCAGCGCAUUCAAAUCUAUCGAAUUGUUACCCAAAUCUAUAAAAUAUCAGCUUUAAAUGAGGACCUAAAUAAAUUGGAUGCAGCUAUAGUGAGUCGGCUGCAGGACGAUGUUAUAGCCGCAUUGCGUUUAUUCGAACGGGAGGACUUUGAUGUCAAGAAGGAGGACUUGGAAUUACAAAAGGCUGCGCUGAAUGUGUUGAGCGAAAGCGUUCCAAUUUUAACCGAAUCCCAGAGAGCACUGGUCUAUAAGGCAUUCGUUCAAUUAAUUAGCCAUCCGAUUCUGGAUUUAGACUUUACACAAAUCACACAGCGAUUGGGAGCCCUUCAGCCUGUUGAACUGCAGGCGAAUUUCAUUGACAUUAGCAUACGAAACUUUGGCAUUUUCUCCAAUUUUAUAAAGCGUAAAAUUUACGCUAAUCUAUUGCCACUAAUUCCCCAAAUGGCAUUCACUCAACGCAUUUUGGAUCUACUGAUGCAGCAACUUUUCACUAGCGAAAAAUUAGAGCCCGAUGUCCGGCAAUUGGCAUUGGAGGCCUUGAAUACUCUACUAACGCAAGAGGAUCAGCAUUUCAUUGUUGAUCUGCAGCAGCAAUCAAAUUUGCUCCACAAACUUAUUGAACUGGCCCAGAAAACAGAGACUGAUAGCAUGCCCAGCGAAUCGUUGGAGCAGAUUUCCGGAGCUUUGAGUCGCAUCAUGCAACAAUUACCCCUAUCGGAACAAAGUGCCAUUGUAAGUGAAUAUUUGCCCGACCUGCAACUGCAUCUCUCGGCUGAUUUGUAUAUAGCUAAAGGUCUAUUGGGUUAUCUUCAUCAAGACAUCAGUUUGGAUGAUCAUUUUGAGCGUUUGCUAAACGAUCUAACAAAACUAUCCCUGAGCUCUGAUAAUGAAAAGCUGCGAGUGAUUGCCCAUCAUCUGCUAUGCAGUUUGGUUAACAAAAUGGACAAUACGCCAGAAAAUCGUGGCAAAGUCAAAAAGGUUCUUGUACAGCUGAAAAAUGCCAUUAAAGAAGGUGAUGGUAAAGCUGUAGAGAUAUCGGCAUGGAUUGCCAAAGGUCUAGUUGUGGCUGGAUUUGAAGAAGCAGGUGAAGUUGUUGGCGAUCUUUCAGAUCUUCUCAAGCAUCCAACUUUAAGUACUGCCGCUGCUGUGGCAUUUGAUAUUCUAGCCGCAGAGUUUCCUGAAUUGGAUUUGCCUGUUGUGAAAUUUCUGUAUAAACAGAAAUUCUUUCAUACCAUAAUGGGUAAAAUGGGCAAUAAACUGGCCAAUUAUUGUGUGCAGCAUUUGAAAGCCUUUAUCUAUGUGCUAAAGGCCACUCCGAUGGCAGUGAUUAAACUCAAUAUUGAGAAAUUGGGACCACUGCUCUUCAAAAGUCUGGAAGAGCCCAACGAUGCAAAGUCUUUGUGCAUAGCUUUGGGUAUAUGUGAGAAAUUUGUGCAACAGCAGGAUGCAUAUUUCCAAGGACAUUUAAAUCACUUGAUACCCAUUUGCCUGGAGCUAUCGAAGAAUAAAGAACAGCAUACUAUGCAAGUUCGCAUAGCUGCCCUCCAGUUGUUGUAUGACAUUACAAAGUAUCCGACAUUUGUUUUAUUGCCCCACAAAGUGGAUGUCACUCUGGCCAUGGCCGCUGCUUUGGAUGAUCCCAAGCGUUUGGUUAGAAAUGUGGCGGUUAAGGCCAGAAAUGCCUGGUUUCUAAUUGGUGCACCGAAUGGUGGCGACUAACUAAGGACAAUUAAUAUGCAACUAUUGUUAACAUUAAUUUUUUGUAAAUCAAUAUAUUAUGCACAAAUUUUUAA